GAAAGGCUACACAAGCUUAACGUCAAGCUGAAACAAGAGCUUGGGAAGCCAAAGUUGAAGUUAAGAUCUGACGAAGGUUAUCAGCAGCUACUGGGCAUGAUUCAAAGCGAGGCCCGCAAACUGGAAAGUAGAAAGGGAGUGGAUAAAAUUGGGCGAAUCUGCAGCAACAUGAUGAAAUUUCAAGAUAUUGUCUCAGCUGGUGCUGCCGUGGGGGGACCGUAUGUCGCGAUUCCUGCUGCAGCGUUGUUCUCUGUGUUCUCCGUAAGAUGAACGAGAUCUACGUGGCUGAACGAGCAGCAAUGUACGAGGUUGCGGAGACUGUCGCAGACUACGUUGUGAUGAACCGGAAAUCGCAGGAAUGGACUACGAUCCAAGCAAGUGACGAUGCCGACAUGCGCGAACUGAAAGAGAGCCUGCAAUCCGUGUUCAUAAGUCUGUACAAAGCUAUCAUCUUUGCAAUCGCUCAGCUUAUGACAUCACUAAAAGGAGACUUCCAGUGGAUCAAGAACGUCGCUAAGUAUUACGACUGGGAGGGUCAGCUUGAAACCCUGAACAAGCGACAACAUCGCAUAUCACAAUUCAUGCAUUCAAAAGAGUGGCAAGAGGCAAUAACACCAUUACUGGCAAACAAACCGCAACUAAAGAGGCAACCCAAGAAAGCUAUGGGCCCAGGGCCCCGCAAUCCGCUCCACUGGGCCGCCGCGCUUGGUGUGCCAGAACAAGUCGCAUUCUACGUGCAGAACAAGGAGUACCACAUCAACGCCCUAACAAAGCAGAGUUGGACAGCUGCGCACUUGGCUGCAAGAGAAGGGCAUACCAAGAUACUGAAGCUGCUGUUGACUGUCCCCGACAUCAAUCUCUUUAUCAAAAAUCGCGAGGAACGCACUCCGCUGCACAUCGCCGCUAUUUACAACCGAAAAUGGGCCGCAAAGGCCUUGCUCGAGCGAGAUUGUAAACUACUCGGUCCGCGUGACAAGUGGAACCGUACAGCUUUUGCCAUCGCGGCCGAGCAGGGGCACGUAAAGAUCUUGGAGGUUCUGAAGGGGUUCGGACAGGACAUGAACGAGGUUACUCUAAAUCAAGGCUGGACUGCACUUCAUCUGGCUGCAGAGAAGGGACACACAGACACCGUGAAGUGGUUACUGGAGAAUGGGACCAAGAAGUUGACAAAGAUAAAGAGUGGACCUGAAAAGGGGUUGACAGCGAGACAAAUAGCCGAGCGGAAGGGGAAAGUCAAAGUGGUGGAGGUCCUUGGAGGAUGAUGUGGGAAUAGAGAGAUCAUGACACAAUGUGGCAGAAAUUGGCACUAGAACUUUUAUUUCUCGCCUUCCGUCCAUACGUCUAAACCGGGUGACGUGAUUGCCUACAGGCUCUUUGGCCUCGUCACCCUGGUUUGGGGAUACCUACGUUAUGUAUGAAUUUACUGCUAGUCACUAUCGGCUGAGAAUCAACCUAGUCCGAAAUGCCGCGUGACCAAUAGUAAGA